AUGCGUCCUCCACGCGUUUUUGUCCUUAUACUCUUUGUCGCAGUUUCUCUCCUACUCUUCUGCCGAGCUAUAUCGUCUUCGCUUCGAUCCGCCUACGCAGAUUACCCCGCUGGGAGGAAGUCCAAGACCAAAACAACAAAUACAAGCUACAGGCCUUCAGGGUCUCAUGACGAUCAUGACAAUGAUAAUAACGACAGCUCAGAAAAAUCACCCAAGUCCGUCUGGAACUCCAUGUACUAUAAUACGCCAUUCUCUCUGUUCCCACCAAAUGCUGCUAUCAGCUUGACCGACGACAACAGCACUUCGUUUGCCGCCCGUCCCGCCGCUUUUGGGCCCAAACUGGCCAUCAACGGUCUAAGUGGUCAAUUAUGGGUCGGUAGCGGCUUUGCAGAAGACGCACUUAUACAUGGCACUGGCGAGUUGGGCUGCAGCGACGUCCCAGGAUGGAAUGAGAGGACCGAGGCCAUUGCUUUACACAAGGCUUUGAGGGCUGCUGUCCCUUCCAUUGCUGGUAUCAAGUCAGGCUCUUCGGCGCGCGCCAAGCGAAGCCGGGUCGUCAUCCCUAAUGCUGGUAAUGGUCACACCACCUCUAGCCAUGUUUCUGCGACGCACGACCAUUCCGAAAUUGACGGCAAGGUCGCCCUCAUCAUGCGAGGCGGCUGCGGCUUUCUCGACAAAGUAAUGUGGGCACAACGAAGAGGCGCUCUCGCAGUCAUUGUUGGCGAUAACCAGAAAGGCGGCCCUCUCAUUCAAAUGUUUGCGCAUGGUCCUGAAGUUGAUAAUGUCACAAUUCCUUCUGUUUUCACUGCCCGUACCACCGCACAGCUGCUGUCCGCACUUACACAGCCCGGCAGCUUUAUCGAAGAUACACUAGACAAUCAGGGCAACCCCGUUUUGAGAGUUCAACGAGGCCCCAAGUCCAAGAAGCAUCGCAAAGAUGCAGUCAAGUCCACAAUUACCGCUUCAACUCAUGAUAGACGAUCCGCUGGUACUACUCAACAUAAAAAGCGAUCUGCCAAGCCUGCCUCGAGAAAGCGAAAGACAGCUGUUAGAUAUUCCAGAAAGACAGUCACCCGAAAGAACAGGGCAACUAGAGAAUCGCCCAAGAAGGUUCGAAGUCCUCUUCUGUCUGAGGACAAUUACGAUGAUUUGGAAAAAGAGACGACUUUCAGAAAGUACAAGCCUAUUCUUCCACCCAAGGCUUCCCAUUCCCUCCACGACACGGACGCCGACGAUUUUGAGCCAGAUGAAGAAGAAAUUCUCGUCGAGUUCUUGACCGAAGACGAAGAAAACGCACUCGAUUUUACCAUUGACCGAUCCGGCGACAGCCACGAGGACCCCGACGAACUCGACGAUGACGCACACGAUGGUCUCUGGGUCACCAUCACACCCACGAGUAAUGCUAGCCCAUUUUUCGAUACGCUUCUCGUACUGGUCAUCAGUCCCCUGGUCACAUUGACUGUCGUAUACGCCCUUCUCAUCCUUCGCGCUCGAAUCCGCCGAAGACGUUGGAGAGCCCCCAAGUCCGUCGUGGAACGUCUUCCCGUCCGCACGUUUCACACAGUCGCUCCUUCGCCAACUCUUACCCCGAGGGCGCCUUCACCGUCUGCACCAACGCCUACCACUCCUCUCCUCCAAGAGUCUCCUUCGCGGGCUAGACCUCGGUCAAGAGGCUCAUCUGGUGCGCCUGCAGAUGAAACACGAUCGACACCUAGCGAAGCAAUCCCAACACCCUCGAACGCGACUAAAAACAACACUAAAAAUGAGCGUGAAAAGGGUUCAGGUGGUUUCUCUGCCGAAUGGAAGAAGUAUAUGGGACGCCAAGUCGAGUGUGUCGUCUGUCUCGAAGAAUACGUCGACGGUGUAAGCCAAGUGAUGAGUCUGCCAUGCGGCCACGAAUUCCACGUCGCGUGCAUUACCCCUUGGUUGACUACCCGCCGGCGAACUUGCCCUAUUUGCAAGGGUGAUGUUGUUCGAUCCCUCGCUCACGGCUCAUCUUCCGAGCCCCAUUAUGAACCAUAUCGAGACGACGCAAGCGAUGAUGAAGACGAUGACGACGAAGGAACUAUUGCAGAAGGCUCCGGGGCACGUGACGGUGAUGGAGAGUCGGAUCUUGAGCAGGGCUUGCACUCGUCCGACCCCAGAUCCUCGCGAUGGAGCCGCGAUGGUUGGCUGAGCAUUUUCUCCAACGGCUUCACCAGGGCGAGAUCUCCUUCUCCCGAGGAUCGCAGCCGCUGA